CUCUCCUUGACAACAGCAGCGAUGGCGGAGCCCGGAGCAACGGCUGAAACGGCGACGGCAGCAUCACCGACGCCGGGCCUGUCCCCGGCGGCCAGCCCGGGCUCGGAGCCUCCCUCCACGGCUCUGUCUCCCACGGCGGACGGUUCUCAGCGGCUGCUCUUCUCCCACGACCUGGUCUCCGGACGGCAUCGGGGCUUAGUCCGGUUUGGCCUCGUGCGGAUGAUCCACGGCGAGGAGGAUUUCAACUCGGACUCGGACCUCGACGAUGGCGGAGGGAGAGGCGGCGGGGAAGGGGGAGGCGGGGGCGGCGGAGGAGGACGGGUCCCGGGCGGCUCGGACACCGAGAGCGCCCUGGACGCCCCGAGUCGGCCUCUCGGGAGAGGAUUUGUUCGAGUCCACUGGUACCCUGAAGGCGCCAAGCAGGACAUCCGGGAGACAAAGCUGAAACUAGAAGAUCGAUCAAUUGUCAUUCGAGACAUUGUGCGACGGAACCACUCCAAUGACAACCAGUGUGGUAUUGUGACCAACAUCGACAUUGAAUGUGCAGUGAAGUUGGUGGGAACGAACUGUGUUCUGUAUCCAGUCAACAGCCAAGACCUGCAGCCCAUCUGGUCUUUUAUGUACGGGGACUACAUCGCCUAUGAUUUCUGGUUGGGCAAAGUGUACGACCUGACCAAUCACAUCAUCCUGAAGCUGUCCAAUGGAGCCAGGUGCUCCAUGAGUGUGGAAGACGGUGCCAAACUUUACGAUGUCUGUCCGCAUGUCAGUGAUUCGGGUUUGUUCUUUGAUGAGGCCUAUGGCUUUUACCCAGGCCAGGUUCUGAUUGGUCCGGCCAAAGUUUUUUCAAAUGUACAGUGGCUGUCAGGGGUCAAACCUGUGCUGAGCAGGAAGUGCAAGUUCAGAGUGGUGGUAGAAGAGGUGAAGGUGGUGGAGCUAAAAGUGACGUGGAUCACAAAGAGCUACUCCCCCAAAGGCUCAGACAGUGUUUAUCCUCCUCCCUCCACCAUCACACAGGAAAAUCUUCACAGAGUGAGACGUCUGGGCUACUACGACCACACCCAGAGGCAACUGGGAGAAAGGGCCCUCUACGUGUUCCCGGCCAAAAGCGACGCCACCCGCAUCAUCUGCGAUGGACCCGAGGGGGCUCCUGUUCUGCCAGAGGACCCCGUUGCCAGAAAGCUGAAGAGGAUGUUCAAGAAGGAGACUGGGAAGAAGAUGGAAAAUGUUGACUUACAAGGAGAGCACAAAUCUGAGCAAAUUGAACCAUCUCACCCCAACAACAACGGCCCCGUGAACCCGACAGACUCCAAGAACACCGGCGAUACCACGGCAGAACACGGGGAGCAGGAUGCUGAUGACGAGGCUGCAGAGGAUACAGAUGACACCAGCUCUCUGACAUCAUCAGCCAGCUCCACGGCCUCGUCUCAGAGCGGCGGCCUGGGAACCAAUCGCAAGAAGAGCAUCCCUCUCUCCAUCCGCAACCUGAAGAGGAAACACAAAAAGAAGAGGACCAAGUUCUCCCGGGAGUUCAAGCCUGGAGACCGGGUGGCGGUGGAAGUCGUUUCCACAAAAACCACAGCUGAUGUGAUGUGGAAGGACGGGCAGGUGGAGAAGGGGAUCCGAUCCAACGACCUCAUCCCCAUUCAGCACCUGGACAGCCACGAGUUCUGCCCCGGGGACUUCGUAGUAGACAAACGACCUGAAGGCCUGCAGGACCCAGGAGUGUACGGUGUGAUCCAGUCAGGCGACCACAAGGCCAGAACAUGCGUCGUUAAGUGGAUCAAACUGAACUCCACCAGCGACGACGUCGAGGUUGGGGGCGUGGAGGAGGACGUCAGCGUGUACGACAUCGCCGAUCAUCCAGACUUCCAUUUUCGCACCACUGACAUCGUCAUCAGAAUAUGGAACUGUGAGAACGGACAGAACGACUGUGAGAACGAGACGUCAGUGGGUCAGGUGUCCAGAGUGGACGUGAGCAGUAAGGUGGAGGUUGUUUGGGCCGACAACUCUAAAACCAUCGUCUUGCCACAGCAUCUCUACAACGUGGAGUCUGAGAUCGAGGAGACGGACUACGACUCUGUGGAGGAGACGAGCAGCGUCCUGUCCACUGAGGAGUGGGAGGACGAUAGCGACAGCUGGGAGACGGACAACGGCCUGACCACUGAGGACGAUAACCACAACGCUGACGCCACAGACACAGCCACCCCAACUCCCACCCCCACCGGCUCCACAGCUUUUAUCAUCCCCCCACAGGACAGCAGCACCUGCCCCACCAAAGGAACCCCCGCCCAGGAGGGAGAAGCAUCUGUAGCCAAUCCUACAUCUGGAGGAACAACUCCAGCAGGAGCUGUAAAUGGAACAGAGAAGACCAGCAAGGACGGUGCCGCUCGAGGCUUCAGGGAGCUGAAAGAAGCUCUGAAGAUCCUGGAGAGCCUGAAGAACAUGACGGUGGAGCAGCUGUGGACCGGCGGCUCUCCAACCUCCCCGACCUCUGCCGAACCUUCAUCCACAGCCCACGUAGCGAGCUCGGUGGUGCUGGCAGCCUCAGAAAAGCCCACCAAAGAGAAGCGUUUCCUUGACGACAUCAAAAAGCUGCAGGAGAACCUGAGGAAGACACUGGACACCGUGGCCAUCGUGGAGGAGGAGAAGAUGGAGGCCGUGGUGGAGGCCGUUGGCAGCGGGAGCGUGGGGACUGAGGCAGAGAGAGGCGGAGAGGAGAAGCCUCAGCAGGAGCCGCAGACACCGGUGGGGGGGCAGGAGUGGCCCAGUGAGAUUCUCAGUGACACACCAGUACUGUGCCAACAGAGCGGAGGAAAACCUGGCGUCACCUUCACCAGCGCCAAGGGGGAGGUGUUCUCGGUGCUCGAGUGGGCUCCAGAGACUCACUCCUUUAAGAAAAUUGAGUUUCAGCCAGCAGAGCCCAAGAAGUUUUUCAGCACAGUGAGGAAGGAAAUGGCUCUGCUGGCGACGUCGCUGCCCGAUGGCAUCAUGGUGAAAACCUUCGAGGACCGCAUGGACUUGUUCUCGGCUCUGAUCAAAGGACCCACUCGGACUCCCUACGAGGAUGGGCUGUUCCUCUUCGACAUCCAGCUGCCCAACAUUUACCCAGCAGUCCCUCCGCUGUUCCGCUACCUGUCCCAGUGCAGCGGGCGCCUCAACCCCAACCUGUACGACAACGGCAAGGUCUGCGUCAGCCUGCUGGGCACCUGGAUCGGAAAGGGAACUGAGAGAUGGACCAGCAAGUCGAGCCUGCUGCAAGUCCUCAUCUCCAUACAAGGCCUCAUCCUCGUCAACGAGCCGUACUACAACGAGGCCGGCUUUGACAGUGACCGCGGCCUUCAGGAGGGCUACGAGAACAGCCGCUGCUACAACGAGAUGGCUCUCAUCAAGAUGGUGCAGUCCAUGACGCAGCUCCUCCAGCGCCCCGUGGAGGUCUUCAGGCAGGAGAUCCAGGAGCACUUUGCCUCCAGCGGCUGGCGGCUCGUGCACCAUCUGGAAGCGUGGCUAGAGCUGAAUGAGGCUGCCGAGCGGGGCCAUGCAGCACACCCGUACUACAGGAGCCACCAUCUGAAAGACGAGCAGCUGCCCGUGGGCUCGGGACUGGUGGCAGUGGCCCACAGCAGCCCCAGUAAGCCUGGUGAGGAGGCAGGGACAGGAGUUAGCAGUAUUCUGGAGGAGGAACUGGAAGAUUCAGGACUGAGUCCUUCGACCACGGCUCCCCCUCAGCAGGAGCUGAGCCAGAACUCAGACUGGGACAGCACCCAAGAGAGCGAGAACAAAGCUGGCUCCACGGUUCUUGGCUCCGCAGGACGCAGUGUGACGUCAGAUUCAGGUCCAGGUGCAGGAGGGGUGGGCUCUUCAGGUAGCCAGCCCGUGGUGCGACCAAAGAAAAGGAGAAAGAGUUACCGGAGUUUCCUCCCUGAAGGUGGCGGGUACCCAGACAUCGGCUUCCCUCUCUUCCCACUCUCAAAGGGGUUUGUGAAAAGUGUUCGAGGUGUUCUGCUGCAGUACCGAGCCGCGCUAACUGCUGCCGGCGUCCCCGAGCACACCGAGGACAAUGACUCCUCAGAUAAGUGGGAUGAAUAAAAGUGGGGUGGCCCCACAUGCACACAUGGUGAAAACCCCCAUCUUUGUACAGCAGCAGCAGAUCAAAGCUCCUGCAGGAGCGGCUCAGAGUUUCACGAGAACCUCGACUUAAGGGGCGUCUAAAGGACCAGUGCCAUGACCUCCUCUGCUCCCUCGUCAUCCAACUAACCUUUGGCGCUCUGCCAAAUGUUAUGGGUGGGGCUUAACAACGCUGCCAAUUCAACCCUGUGAACACACUGCAGGGUCCAGCUCCUUCAGACUGCUGAGUCAUCUGCACCUUCUCUGUAGCACUGCUGAGUCAUCGCUGGAGCAUCCUGCACCACAUCAAGGAAAGGUGGCGAGUCAGGACCGAGCAGGGAUGACGCUCAGGAUCCUUACCCUGUCUGCCAAAUCCCUCUGCGUACACACACACAAACACACAAACACACACACACACAAACACACAAACACACACACACACACACACACAAACACACACACACAGAGCAGGACAGGCUGAAUGUGGAGAAAACUGCCAACCACAGCUGCUUCAGCACUUCCUCCAUGACACUUUCAGCUGUUUUCACUCGAGUGACAAAGUUUACAUCCUCAUGACCCCUGCUGGACCCCUGGAUGGCCUCUGUGGACAGACUGGUAGAUCUGGUUGGUGUUCAGAGGCCAGCUGUCACCUCCACAUCCACCUUUGGUAAAAUCUAUCAGAGCUCAUUUAAAUGUGUGCACCACGCCCCUCUCCUGUUUGAAGGAUGUAAACACACACUGCUGCUUAUGACACAGAUUAAAGAUCAACUGGAGAAAAGAAACUUUGAGCAUCCAUUCCAUCAUCUCAUGUCAACAUGUUGCCUUACUUGAAUUCUGUCUGAUCUCGGUCCUUCACUCGUCGUGCUGCGGUGUUUUUUUAUCCUCCUCCUCUGAGCAUCUCAUCAGUUCACCGUCAGAACAGAAACUGUUCUUGUCUUUAUUAUUUCCAGCUUCUGUUGUUUCAGGCUUUCCCUGAGCCGAGUGUUUUUAUCCAAAAACAACUUCAGAAACCAACAGAGCUCACAGCAAAACUAUGGAUGAAAACCAGAAGAGCUCGGGGUUUAAUUCUCCCUCUUAGAUCCUGAAGCUGCUGCUCUGCUGCAGACUGUGGUGAAACUCGCCUCCUGGAGCUUCCAGAGGAGAUCACCGUCUUUGUUUACAUCUUUAUAAACCACGUCUCGCAUUUUCCAUCCUGUCAAACAUGUAACUGUCUCCACUUUACUCACUGAUUGCUUGUUCUGAUCUUAUCUGAACCUCUGAGCGCCGAGCGUUGGACAGAGAGCACUGUGAACCUCGAGCCGGGAGCC